UUACUGACGAAAGGAGGAAACUUACUGAAGCUCAUGGAAGAAACCUGGGAAGAUUUCUUUUAUAAGAUUCUUCCACUGCUGGACGCCUGUAUGGUUCACGUAAAGACUAGGGAGCAUUUAACAAUCAGGCAAACGGCUCUUAUCUCGUUCCGAGACCUGGUGGUUUUGAAGCUUGAUACUGCAGGUGCUAUCUACUCAGCAGCAGAUAUUAUCCCACCUGGAAUAAAACACAUGCUUUUAAUAUUACAGAACGUCAAGGAUCAAUAUCCUCCAUGCAAAAAUAAACUGAAGUUGGAGUCUCUUGUAGCAAAAGUUGUAAGUCCUUUUCUGGGAUUCACCGGAUUAUAUUACGGUGGUGAAGAACCCGUUGUGUUAUCUAAAGAACCGCAGUUGGUUACAAGACAACGAUUAAGUGAUGGAGGACGCCGAAUAUCCCGUCCCUUCAGCCUUCAGCCAAAGCAACUCGAAACUCUAAAUGAGAUGUUCCUCAGUGCCCUUUGUAAGCAGAAAGGAGAUCAUUGUACUAAAACACACAGUUGUUGUCUCAAAAAUAAAUGAUGCCAUGAAACUUGCACCUUACAA